UUAAUAAUACAAAAUCCAUCAGAUGGGGUUACUCUACGAAUCUUAUAGAUUAAUUAACUAUUUCUCUAAUUAGAUUUGCUAAUCUCUUUUCAAGAAAAAAAUUAAUAACAGAUAAGCUAAUCCAGAAACUUCCUCUUUGCUAUGAGUUGUCAUGAUUGUGAUGCCUUGUUGGCAAUUGGUUUUGCUUUCACUAUACGAAUUUUGAUUCCUCUUUUCUUGAUUCUGUUCCAUGCAAAACUCAUCUUCUCUUUUGCCCUUUUGUCUAAUUCUCUCUCUCACACAAUUUUUUAAUUUAAUUCUUUUCCAUCUUUUGGAUUCAUGCUUAUUGUCUUUGAAUUAGAAUCCCUUUAAUUUUUUCCUCUGGUUGGCUUCACUUUACACUCCGACAACUCAAAGAGAAUUCUGUUUCUUUCUGGACUUUCAGGAAUUGAAGUUGCAUUGGUUGAGAGGGUUGUUUUUUCAGAAUUAAAGGUUCAAUUGAGAUAAGAGGGUAAUCAUUGCUUGGUUCAUUGGGUAUUGUUGAGGGUUGAGGAUUGAAUUAUUAUGGGGUUUUAUUGCUUGGUUCAUUGAGUAUUGUUGGGAUGAUUUAUAUAUGAACUAACUAAUUGGAUUGAAUCUCAAAUGGACUUGUCAAAUUGUAAGCAAUUGAGAUUCUUUGGAGUCCAUUUGAAUUUGUUGGCUGCAAAAUGUGUGGUGUUGGUUGUCAUUGCUUUGUUCCUUGGAACUGUUUUGCUCCCAACAUUCUCUGGACUCAGUGGGGUCAUUCAACAAAACACCUUUGUCUUUAUCCAGAACCGUUCGUUCCCAUCGAAUCAACCCGUAAAACAGAAGUUUCUUGAAGUUCCUCAAAUUGUGUGGGGAUUGAAUAAUCAAAAGAUUGCUUUUGCUAGAGCUUGUUUGACUGCACGAACGCUCAAUCGAACAUUGUUGAUGCCUAAAUUGAGCGCUUCAUUGUUUUAUAAAGAAGUCGAACUUUUGAAGCCUAUUAACUUCGAUAAGGUCUUCCAAUUCGAAAGAUUUAAUUCCCUUUGUAAAGGGUUUGUCCAAUUGAGUCGUUAUUCCGAUGUUUCAAAUCAAACUGAUGUUAUCGAACUUCAGAAAGGCAGCGGAAGAAGAUGGACAUUGCCUAAAGAUAUGGAGCAGUUAAACCAGUUUAGUAAGCAUCCAUAUGAUGCACGUGAAACUGUUCGGAUAGUAGGAAAGAAUCCGUUUUUGUGGCACGACCAUUGGCCUGCUAAAGACUAUGCAAAGGUUUUCGAAUGCUUAGCUUUAGUAGAGGAGAUAUCGAAAGAAGCAGAUAAAGUUGUCUCCAAGAUUAGAGAAAUAGGAAUGGAGGUUAGAAGUAAGAUUCCAAAAUCACAACCAGUUCCGUUUGUUGCUGUGCAUAUGAGAAUAGAAAAGGAUUGGAUGAUUCACUGUAAGAAGUUGGAGCAAAGAUUAAAUAUUAGUGAAAUUUGUAGUAGUAAAGAGGAAAUUAUGACCAGAGUGGGAAACAUCGUGGGACUUAAAACCCCGGUAGUUGUUUAUCUUGCUGUUGCCGAUACGCUUCUUGAAGAUGAUACUGUGUUGAAUGGUUGGAAGGACGGUUUGCAUCCUUUCGAGAAGAAAAAACUCGGUGUUUUUGAAAUUUACAAGAAGCAACUGUAUCUAUUUCAAUCUGCCAUCGACUAUGAAGUCUGCUUAAGAUCUGAUGUCUUUGUAGGGAACAGUUUUUCAACAUUUUCGAGCCUUCUUGUUCUUGACAGAACCCAAAAGAUGAUUAAAGCGGGUGAAACAAAGUUGUGUGGUUCGGAUGUUAGAUGGCCUUCUUAUGCAUAUAAUAUAAGAGGUGUGGGGAAUGGACCUCAUCCGUGGGUAACAAAUAUGUCCGACACUAGCUUGACGGCAAUUAGCUAUGGCUCUAAUCACAUUUCUUGCUGAUGGAUCUCAAGGCUUAAAUUACUUUUUUUUUUUUUUUGUCAGCAUUGGAUUGGCUUCGAUUCUUCUUUGAAGUUUCAUUGUCCUUGUGGAACCGAUGUUGUGGUCUUCGAGUUGUUUUGGUUAAAGAGAUAAAAAA